CAAAGAAAAAGGCAGCAUGAAACGUUUUUCUUUAAAUGAAAACAAAUCAAUGUCCCUCAUUCUGCUCAAUGUCCUUCUAUCAAUGUUUAUUAACCUAAAUUAAUGUGUUAACAAUUUGAAAUAAAUUGUUUUACUCUAUAUAUCUUCAACUUUUCAAUCUUAUUAUCUGAUAAUGUUAUCUCUUUCAAAAAUCAUACCAUUCAUAAAAGCUCCACACAUCUUUUGUGCAAGUCGUUCUUUAAGUAUAUCCCCUGUCUGCUGUGAAGCUCGUGCUGGUAGAUACAAGCGUACUAGGAAGCAUAAUAAACCCUUAACCUAUGAACAAUUCAAUGGUCCAUUUCAAAUCAAACACAGAAAAGGAUGGAAUACUUGGAAUACAAGUAACUUGCUAGGAGGACUUAGGAAAUCAGAGACGGCUGUGGAGGAUUUUUUCAUUCGCAAGUUCAUGCACGGUACAUGGCAUAGAAUUUUUCUGUCAGAUGUAAUUAUAAAAAGAAGACACAACUUAAUUAUUAUUGCUGGUAUCAUUGCUCAGAAUCUUCAAGUAAGAAAGCUCUAUUUUUUGAUCGGCUACACAGAAGAAAUGUUGAGCUAUAUUUUUAAAUGCCCUGUUAAAAUGGAAUUGCAAAGCACACCGGAUAAAACCGAUGUUGUGUUUAAAUAUGUGUAAAAUAAAAAUGUAUACUUAUUCUUUUCAUAUUGGCAAAUAAAUACUCAACUCAUGCAUAGUCAGACAUUGAAA